AUGAACGCCGAUCUUCUGCAAUCAAUCCAGAAGGGCAAAGGCCUUAAGAAGGCUAUCACAAAUGAUCGCUCAGCCCCGCAAGUCGAUGUUGCCAAAAGCGGCGGUAGUGGAGGCGGUGGAGGCGGAUCAGGCAUCGCACGAUCCGGAGAUGCUUCUUCUCGUGGAGGCGGUGGGGGACCGGCAAUGGGUGGACCCCCAGGUUUAGGUGGCUUGUUUGCAGGUGGCAUGCCUAAACUCAAACCUAGCCGUGGAGCAGGUUCGGCCAUCAACACCAGUCUCGGCAAACCACCUUCACGACCAGGUGCAAGCGCUCCACCUGCACGCCCAGCAGCAGCAGCACCAGCACCGCCAGCACCUGCACCACCAUCGCGCACCGCUCCAUCGGGUGCACCUCCCCCACCUCCCCCGCCUUCUGCAGCAUCUCGACCAGCUCCACCUCGUGGCCCACCUCCGCCAACAGCAGCAGCACCAUCUUUGCCUUCCCGAGGUAUCCCUCCUCCACCCAGUAGACCUUCUCCCGCAGCGGCAGCAGCAGGAGGAGCCGCACCUCCUCCGCCUCCUCCUCCUCCUCCUCCUCCUCUUCCGCCGGCAAGCUCGGCACCAACAGGAUCAGCACCUCCUCCACCUCGAAGACCUCCUGGUGGAGCAGCACCACCUCCUCCGCCGGGUAGACCAGCAAGCAGCGCACCAUCGGCUCCUCCAUCUCCUCCACCUCCACCUCCUCCACCACCCGGUCGACCCAGUGUCGCAGCUCCUCCUCCACCAUCUCGUCCAAGCCCAGCAGCAGCAUCACCAGCAUUAGCACCAGCAACUCCCACUCGACCUUCCGCAGUCCCUCCUCCCCCUCCCCCUCCCCCUCCCCCUUCUUCAGGUGCACCAUUACGCAUCGUCCCAGCUCCACCCUCCGCCGCUGCACCACCAGCACCUUCCUCUCCUGCACCAACACCACCUCGACGAUCCGCCGCCCCCCCACCCCCUCCUCCACCUCCCGCCUCGGCUCACACUCGUACGGCAUCAUCAUCAGGUGCACCUUCUGCCCCACCUCCUCCUCCGCCCGGUCGAGCCGCUCCACCUGUCCGCGUUCCCCCUCCAUCCUCCUCGGCUGGACCCCCCUCAAGAGUGCCCCCACCCCCUGUCGCUGCCCCUCCUGUGCGAACAGCAAGCUCAACGUUCGCACAGCGUCCCAACGGGCCCUCUACUCCAGUUGGUUCAACAAUUACUCGCAUUCCCAGUCCUCCGCUUACGUCGGGAAGUUUGAGCUUUUCACCAAGCAGCAACUUUCCCCCUCCCAGAGGGUUCAAUGCUUCUGCUGCUAGUCAACAUCGGUAUCCUUCCGGUGCGAGCAAAGGGACUAGUUUCGAUUUUAAAUCGCUCGCAGCUUGA